CUCUCCGAAUGAGAAAGGGACAGAUGAGAUGCCAAAAACUCAAGCAACAACCGUCACUGGGACUUCUGGAAAGGCUAUAUUGUGAAUAAACGAGAACAAGAGAGAAAACUACAAGCUGGGAAGAAACCACGAAGAGGCAUAAAAUCUGCGUGCUUUUUCUUCAUGAACUUCCAAGAACGGUGACCAUGCAGCCUCUGAGCUAGUGCACGAUUAUUGUUUCGACUUAUCACCAACUGAGUGAUCAGUUUGAAAGAGAGAGGAAGCAAAUAAAGGGAAAGGAAGAACUAAUAAAGACGACCGCCGUUGAAAGUAAUGGUCCAGCGAUAUCAAUCUUAGAUCAAGAGUUUUUUUCUGUUGCGUUGCUCCAUUUCAACGUUUUUGGAAUCGCUGGGACAUUUCACAGAACCUGGAAGCAAGAUAUCCACAUGGUCCAGCCCGUAGCGUGAAAGUUGAGUUCUUCAGAAUUUCCGAACAGGUGCCACGUGAUGAUGGUAGAAUCAGCAACUGAGACCAUUCGAACAACGCCCUCCAAUCAGAAUGGAGUCAGCAGCUUGAGCAGCCAAUCAGAUGGUGGGGGAAGAGAGGGUGGAUCCAAUGGAGACACCAAUGGAGAGAUCAGCCCUGUGGAUUUACUGCACCUUCAGCAGCAGCAGGCCCUUCAGGCAGCGCGCCAGUUCCUCCUCCAGCAGGCCACUGGGCUCAACUCCCCCAGCAGCAACGAGGUCAAACAGAGCCCUGUGCAGGUGCCAGUGUCCAUGGCGAUGAUGAGCCCACAGAUGAUCACUCCUCAGCAGAUGCAGCAGAUCCUGUCUCCUCCUCAGCUUCAGGCCCUUCUUCAACAGCAGCAGGCUCUCAUGCUGCAGCAGCUGCAGGAAUACUAUAAGAAACAGCAGGAACAGUUGCACCUCCAGCUCCUCACUCAGCAGCAGCAGCAGCAGGCGGGGAAGCAGGCCAAAGAGCAGCAGCAGCUGGGGAAUAAGCAGCUGGCUUUUCAGCAACAGUUGAUCCAGAUGCAACAGUUGCAGCAGCAGCACAUCCUCAAUCUGCAGAGACAGGGCCUGGUCAGCCUUCAGCCAGGCCAGGGAGCCGUACCCAUGCAGAGCCUGCAGCAAGCCAUGUGUCCGACUGACCUGCAGCAGCUGUGGAAGGAUGUCUCUGGCGUUCAGAGCGCUGAGGAGGCCAUUAAGCAUGAAGGCCUUGACCUGAGCACCAACAGCUCCAACUCUACCUCAUACUCAGCCUCCAAGGUCUCACCUCAGAUAGCCCAUCAUCCUUUGCCAAAUGGACAGAACUCUGUGCAUACUCCAAAGAGAGACAGAGCAAGACUCUUUGAGUGGAUCUCGUCCUUCACCAAGGGAGAGUCCGGUGACGAGCAUCUCACGCCUUACUCCAAAGGCGCUCCACUGCAGAGCACCCACUCGUCCCACGAGGAGCACACAGGCUCCCAUCCUCUCUACGGACACGGAGAGUGCAAAUGGCCUGGCUGUGAGGCCCUGUGUGAGGAUAUGGGACAGUUCAUCAAGCACCUAAACAGUGAGCACGCGUUGGAUGAUCGUAGCACAGCCCAGUGCAGAGUACAGAUGCAGGUCGUGCAGCAGCUGGAAAUACAGCUGGCUAAGGAGAGUGAGCGUCUGCAGGCUAUGAUGACCCACCUGCACAUGCGCCCAUCAGAGCCAAAGCCUUUCAACCAACCUCUGAACCUGGCCUCCAGUGCCUCUCUGCUGAAGAGGGAGAGUGAGGCGUUUCCGGAGGGUUUACCUCACCCCCCCACCUCAGCGGCUGCCCCCAUCACGCCCCUGCGACAGGGCCCGUCUGUCAUCAGCUCCUCCAGCCUGCACGGCGUGGGCCCCAUCCGCCGACGCAACUCCGACAAGUUCUGCACCCCCAUUGCCUCCGAAUUGGCGCAGAAUUGUGAAUUCUAUAAAAACGCUGAUGUCAGACCUCCGUUCACCUAUGCCUCACUCAUACGGCAUGCCAUUCUGGAAGCCCCUGACCGACAGCUGACUCUCAAUGAGAUCUACAACUGGUUUACACGAAUGUUUGCCUAUUUCAGGAGAAAUACAGCAACAUGGAAGAAUGCUGUUCGCCAUAACCUGAGUCUGCACAAGUGUUUUGUGCGAGUGGAGAAUGUCAAGGGGGCGGUGUGGACUGUGGAUGAAGUGGAAUACCAAAAGAGGAGACCACCAAAGAUGACCGGAAGCCCCACUCUGGUGAAGAAUAUGAUUUCGGGACUGGGAUUCGGCUCCCUCAAUGCCAGCUACCAGGCAGCACUGGCUGAGAGCAGCCUCUCUCUCCUGAACAGCCCAACUCUGGUGAACAACAGUACAGGUGCCAGUCUCAACAUGAUGCAUGUGGGCCAUGAUGAUGUCAGCAGCACCGUGGAGCAGGUCAAUAGUAAUGGCAGCUGCAGUCCCGGCCUCUCUCCUCAGCAGUAUGGACACCAGGUCCAUGUGAAGGAGGAGCCCACUGAGAUGGAAGAGGAUAGCAGGCCUGUGUCUCUCAUGGCAUCUGUCACCCAGAACCUGACAAUGCCUGGCGAUGAACGGGAAAUGGAGGAGGAGCUUCCCACUGAGGAGUUGGAGUAGAUACGAGGAGAAGAGGCGGAGCUCUGCGGCCCCGCCCCCCAUCCUGAGAUGUAAAAUUAAAUGACCACAAGCAAGUGAGGAAAAAACAAAAAUAGGGAUGAUACAAAACCAACAUAAAGAAACUAAAAACCAAAACAGGGUUAGACCUCAUCAGUUCAUAAAUGCAAAGACACAGAAUUUUUUAUUUUUAGUUUUUGUCUCCCCGCAUUUUAUUUUUAUUUUGUAUUUCCUUACGUACUCUCCUUUUCAAUCAGUCCCAUUGCUCAAGCCACUUCUAGGACCAGAAACAAGUUGUACACCUACGCGUCACAUAGCCACUAUUCUUUUGCUGGACUGACACAAGCUGUUGCAGAGGACUGGCGUAUGUUCCCAGGCCAACUGAAGUUCAAUAUACACGCAGGUGUGUGCUUGUUUGUGUGUUCAGGCAUACACACCACAUCAUGUUGUUGUUUUCUUGUUUUU